AGUUCGUUUUACUACUCCACCUCAAUCAACUCGACAACAACAACAACAACAACCAAAGAAAGUAUCACAAUCAGUUGCUGUACCACAAAAUCGUGCAUCACCAUCGGUUGAUCAACAGGCUAAACAGGGAACUAAAAUUACAACACCACAUAAAUCUUUAAUGGUUGCUGUUCAACCAGUAAAAUCAGCUGAAGAAGAUAUUGAUGAUGAUGAUGAUGACGGCGAAGCAACUCGAACAGCACAUGAUGUCACAGAAACAGUUUUACAAUUAAGAAUGGAUAAUGAAGAAAAACAACGACAAUUAAUUAUUCUUCAACAACGAUUAAAUCAACAACGUGAAUUAAAUAUUCGUCAUGCAAAAGAAUCUGAACGUGAAUUAGAACAUCGUUUACAAUUACAAAAAGAUGAUUAUGAAGCUACUAUUCAACGUCAUUUAACAUUUAUUGAUCAGGUUUAUUAAAAAUCUUAUUUUAUAUAGAGUUUAUCUUCUUCAUAAUCAACAUCUAUUUUUUCGAGGAAAAUGAAGAAUUAUUCGUACAGACACUUGUAUCCAAGUGAACGAUUGUCCGAUACUCACUUUUCCUCUAUAAAAUAAAAUACAUUUGUUUGCUUGCACGUGUAUAGUCACUUGUCCAUAUGUAUUGGUAUAAGUUCUGAAAGUAAUAAUUACUUUGCUCUGUAACAUCAUCUAAUCAGAUGUUUUCUCUACUCAGAGUGUGAGUUUAUUGAUUGAAUAGAUGAAGAAAAGCACUAUAUGGAUACGCACUCAUCCUUCCCCUCGGAAAUUUUUUGUAACACUGGUAAAUGAUUAAUCAAUCAUUUAGAUUUUCUACACCAUUCUUUCAUUUGUAAAUUAAAGCACAUCACGGUCGAACUGUACUUUCAUACUCGCAAUGAAAUUGGAUAAUGACUUCGAGAAUUCGAGAUACUUUUUCCAGUUUUUUUUGUAUUCGGUGACCAGUGUGCAUCCUACGCAUCUCUCAGAGUACAAAAACCUAUCGGGUUCAAAAUUUCCAGUUCCGAGACCAUCCUGACUCGGAAGUUGCGAGUCCCGGUUUUUAUGGACCCAGGACCGACCGAGUUCAAACCUGAGGUUUUUUUCCAUCAAUACUUGACACUCUUCGUAUACAUGAACAAGUGAAGGAUCAAGGUUUCAGCUAUUUAUUCGCUACUCUCAGAAAAAAAUUCAAUGUACAGUUAUAUCAUCUAGGAUCCAGCGAGUCCAACAAAAAAUAAAAGAUUAGACCCGAACUCAGCCGGGUCCGGACUUGGAAGGAUCUGCAACUCCCUAAUCCCGACAGACUCUUGUCGUCUGAGAAAUGUGUAGGAUG